UUCAUGUGCGGUCACACCUUUGCUUUUCUAAAUUUCUAGCGUCGUAUUAUUUUGGCGGUUUUCGUGGAGUUGGUUGGCGUGUUGUAAGCUUUGUUAAUAAUAUAUUGCUUGUUUUGAUGUCAGUAUUAAAGGGAAAAAGCCCACUCGGCGAGCAGUCGCUCACCAAUUUAGCAUCCAAAGAUCAGGUUUAUCCUGUAACCUUGACGGUAUUUAAAAGGCUAAUAACUAACCUGCCGAAGAUCGCAAGCGUCCUACGAUCCGCCGAUGGAAACCACAAAAAUGACAAAACCGACGACGACUACGCACAGUGGUACUACCAAGCGUUUUACAAAGAUCCAAGUAUUCGAGAAAAGUAUCAGUUCGAGGUGGCUCCUUGCCCUCAUUGCAUCCGAGAAAAGUUGCUCAAGGUUCCUGACCCUGAAGUGAUAAUAAAUGCGGGUAAACAGCAAGAGAUCAACCAGUCAAUAUCAAAACAAGUCGAUCACGCUAAAAGCGAAGCGAAGAAUUUGCCACGAAACCUAAAACUAGGAUCUGAAGAUCACCUAGUUAAACAAAACAAGUUUGGCACCUUUGCUUUUCCGGUGUCCUUUGAGACCUUUGAAAGAAACAUUAACAAAUUAGUGGUGUUCCGCGCGAUCACCAAGGACAAAGAGCACGGUGUGAAGCUAUUGGCCGAUGAUGAGUAUCGUCUUAGUACCUUAAGAAACUUCUAUUUCCGCUACUACAUAUUUGCACGAUUUCGUGGCAAGGCAAACUUUUUUAAAGAAUGCCCACCGACUCCUUUAGCUAAGUUACUGGAAUUCAGCAGACCUUAUGAUGCUCAAGCAGUCAAAUCUGUUUCGGUAUUUGACGCAAGGAAGAAUAAUGAAAAUUUUAUCGCGAGUUUUGAGGAGUUUAAGAGAAGCUUGCUGAAUUUAAACCAAAUUGUGGAAAGCCUAAAAAUGACGGACGAAAAUUAUGCCGGCAAAGUCCUCGAAGAGUGUGCCUAUGACUACUACAUGGCUUUUUACCUUACACCAGAUUUCCGCCACAAUUACAAAUUCCAGUUGCGGCCAUGUGCCACGGAGUUUCAGGACCGCCUACUGGCUUUUCCACCAUGCCCCGCCAAGUUGCGGGAAAAACUGCUUAGCCUGUCACCGAAAUUUACUGAGCAAUGUCCAAAGGAAACGGCUUGCCAAGUGGAUCGCAACUUGGUGAAUAAAGUGGCGAAACCUAAUAAAGAAGAUCUACCCCAGGAGAGUGCGCAAGUCCAAGAGGACGUUUCCAGUAAUUCUAGUAAUAUAAGAAUAUAUCAGCCUGAAUCAAAAGGGCAAGCACUAUUAUCUACAAAGACAAAGAUUGAUGGAAACAAAGGCCAAUCGACAAUAUUUUCAGAGAAAAACCUAACAAAUGAAAAUUUAAAUUUUACUACGAAAUCAAACUCUUUACAACAUUCAACCCAAAUAUUAGAGACGCCAGUGCUCCUGGAGAACGCAAAGGAGCAAACAACAGACUUGGGUGCCAGCCAAAAACAAGAAAUACUCUCCAUCUCCUCGAGUGAAGACGAAGACGCCGCUUAUCAGAUACAUAGUGGCGGUCCCACUCAGCCUAUUGAGUCGAUUGUUUUCAACGUGGGAACUGUAAGCCAAGAUUCCCAACUGACAGAAAUUGCAGGUGAUCCACUAAAGGUCGCGGGAAUCGCAGAUGUGUCACAAUCAUCAAAAGAGUCCAUGUCCUUAAAUGUGGCGAAAAUUAAGCAGGAACCCAUUAAGUUCCUUAACAACGAACGUUGCAAUGUUGACAGCAAUAGUAGUCAGUGGGAAAAAAUUGAGGAGCAAAUAAUAGACUUGGAUUCCAGCCAAGAAGGGGAAUCGAUUAUGUCCUGUUUUUUAAUUCCGAAAUUGAAUCAGAUGCCUGAUAAGAUGGGUAAUUUGCUGCUUGAUAACGACCAAGCGGAUGUGCGCGUGGCUGCAGCCCUCCGAGAAUUGGAUACCGAUGAAAUCCCAUGUACUUCAAUUGUUCAAACUCCGUUGAUUCCUGGAAAAAGGCCAGCAACUAGCGAGACGGGGCCGAACAAACGAAUGAAGCCAUUAAACGAACGGGUGCCGCAGGUGAAGCAUGAUUUCCGGAAGCUGCUGCUGAAGCCGAAUGUUCAUAAUCAGUCUGAAGGCGCUGGACGUUCUGAUCCUUUCGACAAAACUCAACCUCAGCCAUCAGCGGGCAACAUCACUCCCUCGCAGGAACUCCCGGAAUCCUCCCAGCUGCACGCUCUGAUAGAUUCCACAAAUAUCAACACUCGCAAGGUAAUUGAAGAAGACGUUAAUAAUGAUUUUGUUGGGGUUUGUGAUCAAGGCGGGUGCCUCCUAUGAGCAGUCGUUGGUUGAGAUUGACGGGAGGCGUUGUUAUGUGCGAGGUCCUCUGCUGCAAAGUGUCUUUCCCCACUUGUCUUUCACGUUGCGUUCAUAUUUGGGGCAUUUGGUCCACAACAUGGAGGAGUUGUUCUACAAAUGCCGCUGGAAAGCUUCAAAAGACUCUUCCAUGGAUCUCCGUAAACGGGUUUAAUUGGUUUUUAUUGGUGUGGUUCCGAAGUUCGGGACAUUUCUCGUAAAGUUUGAAAAAGAAACGAAAUACUGGGCGAAUUAGGCAGAUGGGAUGAUGGGAAGGCAGUGAAUAACUGUAACGUAAUCGAGUUCAUCAACCCAUGCAUUUUGAAGCGGAUUAAGGAAUUAAAGGAUAUAUUCGGUUGAUCUUAAAAUCAAAU